AUACAUGGAGGCUGCCGGAGGUCUAAGUUUGUAUCCGUCGCACCGUUGUGAGGCAUGCCCGGGGAAUUCAUAGUGGUUGCAAGUGAAAGGGAUCACAGUGAGCUUCUAUCUUAUCAUUAUUUUGAUGCUCGACUGUCCACUUUAGGAUGGCAACAGGACUAUGCAAAGCAGUUGGAACCUUUGGUGGUGACGGUUACAUAGAGGGUAUAAAUGUGUUAUCCAAUUAAUCGUAGCAAAUGCAGGGGAUAGCAACUGCCGGCCAUUUUUACUAAAAACUUAUUCAUUUUAGAGCCCCACUCGUUUCCGUACCAUGGGAGCUCUCAAUCCACGCGCGGCUCUAACGACUCUGUUUCGGCUUCCACUGUAAUGACAACAAACAUUAUUGCUCCUACUCAUCACAUUUCCCGUUUUAUAGGAGUGUGUCAAAGUUCUUCACUACCGGACUGCGACUCCCUUCGCCACCUUAUUUUUUCUCUGUUAUCCGCUCUUUUUCCCGCUCUUCAGACAUGGACUCUACAGCGGGUCUAAAUUUGUAUCCAUCCCACCUCACUAAAACUAUUCAUCUGGUGAGGCAUGCCGAGGGAUUUCAUAAUGUGGCAGGUGAGAAGGACUUGAACGAAUAUCUAUCUUAUGAUUAUUUAGAUGCUCAACUUACCCCUCUAGGGUGGCGACAGGUUGACAAUCUGCGCAAACAUGUACAAUCAUGUGGACUUUCUAAGAGAAUUGAGUUGGUAAUAACAUCCCCCCUGUUAAGGACCAUUCAGACAGCAGUUGGAACCUUUGGUGGUGAAGAACACUCAGAUGGUAUAAAUGUUCCUCCCUUAAUGGUGGAAAAUGCAGGGGAUAGCAACCGUCCAGCAAUAUCAAGUUUGAACUGCCCGCCAUUUUUGGCAGUAGAGGAUUGUCGGGAAAAUAUUGGUGUUCAUCCAUGUGACAAGAGGCGAAGCAUUAGGGAGUAUCGGUCUCUUUUCCCUGCAAUUGAUUUUUCAAUGAUUGAACAUAAUGAAGAUAUCCUGUGGAAGCCAGACAUUAGAGAUACCCGUGUCGAAGUUGCUGCUAGGGGACUGAAGUUUCUGAAAUGGUUGCUGAUCCGGAAGGAGAAGGAGAUCGCAGUUGUCAGCCACAGUGGAUUCUUAUUUUAUUCAUUGCAUGCAUUUGGAAAUGACAGUCAUCCAUUUAUAAAGAAUGAAUUCUGUGAACGUUUUGCCAACUGUGAGCUCCGUUCCUUUGUUCUUAUUGAUAGGAGUAUGAUCGGGUCGGAAUCCUCAACGACCAAUUUUCCAGGACAAUUACCGCGAGGGCUCAAUUUUCCCAGUGAUGUUGCAGCUGAGAACCAUCCAGAGAACGGAGUUACAAAUGAAGAUGUGGCUUGAAGAAGAUACAUAGCAUCAUUUUGAGAAAAGUGUGAGACAUUAUCCGAGGCGGUAGUUAAGUAGUAUCACCAAAAGAUUUCUAAUUGCUCUCUUUUUCCUUCUUUGGAAGCUUUGUUACUCCAACAAAGUUUUUCAGAAUUCAAUUUUCAUGAAUUUUGACCCUAUCCAUCUGGGGAAGUUACUAUCUACAAUGGAUUGUUGAGGCUUCUUGCUGCAACUGGAUUUAGAGGUACACGUUUUUGUCUGCAUCUCAUCCAUCCAUUGCAUUGCAGGCCAGCUUUUACACCAAAAUUGAUAUCAUAAUUAAAAGAAGACCAUUUUCAA